GUGAGUUUGCACAACUUAGUUUUUAGUUUGAAACAUUCAAAUUCAACAAUUUUGUGAAUAAUUAAAAUGUGGUUAAAAUUACUUCUAUUGUCAAUUCUCUGCUGCAAUACUAUCUUGACUACAUCUAUAGAUGUGGGCGGAGUAUUGUCAGGUAAUCGUAUGGCGGGUGUGCCUUUAGGCCGAUCACUAGGCGACGGUGAGCUGGACGUGGAGGGCAUAUGCGCGGAACCCGGCAUGGCGUGCCAGAACUGCACCCAUGCGGUCACUUGUGUGCCACUACCGUAUGGCUAUUUGAAGGUUCCUCUUCAAGUGUGCUCAAACGGAAAGACAUGCAAUGCACAUAUAGGAGGUUGUUCAGAAAAGGCAGUGCCAGAGUGUCAACCAGCCACACAGAAGCACAGACAUUCCUGUGAACAGGUGGGAAUAUUCCCGGACGCUUUCGAUUGUCGCAAGUUCCACCUCUGCUCACCUGCUGAAGGUCUGCCUGACGGGAGACCAGCGGAUCACAGAGCAGCGUUGUGUCCUAGACACUACGGGUACAAUCCCCAAUUCGCACAAUGUUCGAUGCGACUAUCGAAUGGGCAAUGCAGUGAAAAACCUGUACCAGAUUGUAAAUCAGUGGGAGAGACUGGACCUUUAGCUAAGAGUCCCAACCAUUACUAUGUUUGCUUACUUAAACGAGGAAGUUUACAUCCUCAAGUAUUCAUCUGUCCACACGGUUGGUACUUUUGGGAUGGAUUCUGUAGACCUGAACCACAAGAAACCGUUCCAACAGAUAAGAAAGUAACUACUGAAAACUCUAAGUUAGAUAAUAGGUUUGAAACGGAAACAACUACAGUAAAACCUACAACUAGUAAAAUAGAAGGAUUCUUUUCAACAGAGAAAGCGGUAACUUACGCAGCUGAUACAUUCUUAGCUGAUAGAUUUGAUUUGAGUAACUAUGAAACAAUUGACGAUGUUGUGCCUCAGAACGAUUAUGCCAAUUCUUUUGAAAGUGGUACUGAUUUUUGGUAACACGUGUAACAAUUUAAGUAAUGUAACUUAUAUAUUAAAAGGUUUGUCGUAAAUUAAAUAGAAAUAAAAAUUCUGAUUGUUACAAUUGUACAGAAAAAGCUUUAAAUUC